AGGCAGAAUGACGACAUCAUCGAUUCCCGACCGUUGGGCCAGUGGAGCACGCAGCACAGCAAAGUACAGCCGGCGUGUUAGCUUCUACACAGCGGUGAUGAUCUGUCUACUUUCCAGAUAACCUGCAGCCACACCAAAAUGACAGACUACGCCGAAGAGCAAAGAAAUGAACUUGAAGCGAUAGAGUCCAUUUACCCAGACUCUUUCACAGUGCUUUCAGAUGAUCCCACCAGCUUCACUAUCACAGUCACAUCAGAUGCUGGGGAAAAUGAUGAAACUGUGGAAGCAACAUUAAAGUUCACAUAUGUAGAGAAAUAUCCAGAUGAGCCUCCGCUGUGGGAGAUACACUCCCAGGAGAACCUGGAGGACAGAGAUGUGAACGACAUCCUUACCUUACUGCAGCAUCAGGCAGAAGAAAACCUGGGCAUGGUGAUGAUUUUCACGCUGGUGACAGCCGUUCAGGAGAAACUCAACGAAAUUGUGGAUGUGAUGAAAAACAGACGAGAGGAGGAGAAACGGCGGAAAGAAGCAGAGGCAGAGGAAGCAGAGAAGGUGGCUUUCCAGGGUACAGUGGUAACCAUUGAAAACUUCCUGGUGUGGAAAGCAAAGUUUGAGCAGGAGAUGGCUGAGCUGAGGAGGAAAAAGCAGAAAGAAGAGGAGCAGGGAGGAAAAGCCAAGCUCACUGGUAAACAGCUGUUUGAGACAGACCACAAUCUAGACACAUCUGACAUUCAGUUUCUUGAAGACGCUGGAAACAAUGUUGAAGUGGAUGAGUCACUGUUUCAGGACAUUGAGGACUUGGACUUGGAUGAGGAUGACCCAGAUUUUGACCCUUUAGAGAUGGGAAGUGAUGAAGACUAAACAGGAGGAAGACAGAGGACUGCUGAGGCCUCGCUUUCUUCUGGAAUAUGAUUAUCUGACCAGACACAUUUAUUUUUGAAAGACUCUAACAGUUAGAGAGGGAAUCUUUAUAAAUACAACACACAUACAGCCAUCAGUGUUCAUUUCUAUAUCUGAACAAUUAAAUGACCAAAUAAACAUGUGACUUGGA